CGGCAGCGGGUGGGUGACUACUAGCUAGCUAGUUAGUUUGUGCUCAGGUUUAUUGUUAAGGUUGUAUGGAGUAGCACUGCGAGUCUCAAUCCCUUUUCACAAUAUCAACAAAAGCAUUAGCAAUGAGUUAAUGAUACUAGUCCUACUUUGUUUCCACACACUGAGGAACAGAGUCACAUCAGCUGAAGGAACCUUUCCACCAGCAAUGAAUUAAACCGGGAAAGAAGAGACACAACUUCACCAGCACUAAUACACACACUUACAUUAAUACCAAACAUACAACCUUUUAUUCCCUAAUCGUGUCUUGCCUCAACAUGGCAAACUCAGUGGCCACUCAAGUGGUCCAAGCGGAACUAUUACCCCCUCAAUCGUCCUCCCCCCUCUCUCCCUUCCCAUCGCUGCAGGGAUCAGGAGAAGGGGAGGAGGACAGGGAAAGGGGGGAAGAAGUAGAUGGGGAGAAAGGGAUGGUGGAGGGGAAUGAGGAUAUAGUGCUAACCAGGGUAGGGGUGCAGAUGGUGACGUCAUCGGUCCUGGCUGUGCCCCAUCUCCAGGAGCACCCUGAGCACCCGUUCCAGUGCCUGGACUGUGGCAAGAGCUUCAAGUGGUCUUCAAGGCUGGCCCACCACCAGCGCAGCCACAACAAUGAGAGACCCUACCGCUGUAACCUCUGCCCCAAGGCCUUCAAGGGCUCCUCCGCACUCCUGUACCACCAGAGGUCUCAUUCAGGGGAGAAGCCCUAUAAGUGUGACGACUGUGACAAAGCCUUCAAACGCUCCUCUCUGCUCCAGGUCCAUCGUAGCGUCCACACAGGCCUGCGGACCUUUCAGUGCCCCUACUGCCCGCUCACCUUCAAGUGGAGCUCCCACUACCAGUACCACCUGCGCCAGCACACGGGCGAGUGCCCCUACCCCUGCGACAGCUGCCCCAAGGCCUUCAAGAACUCCAGCAGCCUGCGCCGACACAAGAACGUUCACCUGGGUCUGAAACCCUACGUGUGCACCGUGUGUACCAAGGCCUUCACCCAGUCCACCAACCUCAGACAACACAUGAGAAUCCACACAGGAGAGAGGCCCUACAUCUGUGGAGAGUGUGGACGCAGUUUCACACACUCAUCCAAUCUGGCCCUGCACCGGAAUUCUCAAAGUCACACUGGUGAAGGAAAGGGGGAGGAGACAGGGGGAGACAACAUGGGGGAUGAGAUACAGGAAGUGAUAGUGGGGGAGGACAUGACAUCACAAAUGUUGACGGACAUGGGCUUUGUGAGCCAGGAGGCCACUGUGGGGGUAGGGGUCGGGGAGGUGUUCCUAUCGUCAGGUCACCAGAAUCUCCUGCCCCAUCUCACUCUCACCCCCACCCAGGGGGCGUGUGCACAUCCAGGGCCAUCGGGACAGAAGUGCACAUGCUGUGGCAGCUGUAGUCAGACAUUCAGCACACGGACAGAGCUAGAGGACCACCAGGACAUGCACCUGGGCCCCGGGGAGGAGGGGGGCAGCGGGGUGGGGGAGGGAGGGGAGGAAGGGGUGGGGCAUCUACUGGCUGACUUUGAGGAGGUGGUGGAGACGACGGCAGCAGCAGAGAACGGACACACUACUGCUGAACUACUGGGACUGACCGGGGGAGUGGACGGAGGGAAUAUGGGGACUACCCAGGCCCAGUUUGACCUGCUGCAGAGCUUCACAGUGGGGGCUCAGAUCCCCACAGACAGCGUGGAGACAGCGGGUAACACCACAGGUCCAGGGAUGGGCACAGAGUGUGCCUACUGUGGGAAGAGCUUCAAGACCAGCGGAGGGCUCAACAGACACCUGGCACAGGUCCACUCCCUCUCUCCCUCCCAGUCUCGCUCCCAGUUCAGCUGCUCUGCAUGCGACCGCUCCUUCACCCUCCUCUCUUCCCUGCUCACCCACCAGCACUCCCACACCCCUGAGCAGCGCCUCCUGGCCGAGGCUGAGGCGGAGAUCGUCUGCCCCGCGUCCCUGUCCCUUUCCCUGCCCCUGCCCUCCUCCCCCAGCCAGGGGGACCAGCACCAGGACACCCAGGGGGACAUCCACGUCCGCCUGAUGGCUGUGACCGAGGAGGGGGACAGGGAGGUGGUGAAGGCAUCCAGCAGAGCAGUGGUCAAGGGCCAGAGGAGAGGAGCAGCUAGUAGGACUGCUGGGGGGAACAAUGAGAGGCCGUACCGUUGCUCUGAGUGUGGGAAGGCCUUCAAGGGCUCGUCAGGUCUGAGGUACCACAUGAGGGACCACACAGGAGAGAGACCCUACCGCUGCACAGAGUGUGGCAAGAGCUUCAAGAGGUCCUCACUGCUCUCCAUACACCAGAGGGUGCAUACAGGUGUGCGAGCGUUCCAGUGCCCCUACUGCCCGCUCACCUUCAAGUGGAGCUCCCACUACCAGUACCACCUGCGCCAGCACACGGGCGAGCGGCCCUACGUGUGUCAGGAGUGUGGCAAGUCCUUCAAAAACAGCAGCUGUCUGAGGAGACACAGUCAGCUCCACUCUGGCCUGCGCCCUCACAUCUGUCCCAUCUGCUCCAAGUCCUUCUCACAGACCUCCAACCUCAAACAGCACGAACGCACCCACUCAGGCGAGCGGCCCUUCCAGUGUGCCCAGUGUCACAAGAGCUUCACCCACUCCUCCAAUCUCCAGCUCCACCUGAGAACCCACUCCUCCAGGAAGGACUACAAGUGUCCCUUCUGUGGGAAGGAGUUUGUCAUGCAGUCCUACUUGCAGAGGCACAUGAGGACCCAUGGGAAUGGGGCUGAGGCUGGGGACGCUGGGGUGGGGGGGAAGGAGGGAGGCAGGGCAGGUAAAGGGGGUGGAGGGGUGACAACCACCACCACCUUACUAAACCCCAUCACCCUAGAGACCACAGGGAGCUCUGGGUCUCUGAUCGUGUCUCAGCCUGCGCUGGACAUUCCCCCCAACACCUCCCAGAACUACUUCAUGAUCCAGACAGCAAAUGGGCUUCAGCUCAUCCCCCUGUCUGCCCCCCCCCCUCCUCCCCCUCCGCCUCCCCCAGACACAGUACAUCCUCCUACAGUGCCCCUCCACCAAUGGAACCCAGCCCAGCCUGAUUCUCGUCCCCACCACAGCGACCAAUCCCCAGCCCACCCUGGAGCCACAGGGCCUCCCAUUGGACCCCUAAAGGUUGCCACAGUUAACUCAGUUACCACGGUUACCCCGCCCUCCCUGCCGUCUGACCCUGUGGCCUGGGUUGGGGAACGCCAAACCGCCCCAGAGUUGGAACCGCAGAGCGAAGAACGGACCACUUCUGACCGUGGCUAUCCAGAAGGCCCCAGCAACAGCCUGGAACUUUCCUGCUCGCCUCCCCAUGCCUUAAUGCCUCUGAAUGGGCAGGAGGUGGUGUUUGAGCUGGGGGAUGAGAACAAGAUGGUGGGUCAGGGGUCUGGAGAGAGUGUGCAGAUGAUAGCCCUGAUCCAAGGCGAAGCGGGUGGGGAGGGAGAAGGGGAUAGUUACAGUGGGGCAGUAGGGGAGGGAAGGGUGCCAAUGGAGGGCAUCUUUCAGCUGGAGGGAGGAGAGGGGAUCGUCAUAAUUGAGGUUAGCACCAGCAGUCUAAGAGAAGGGAUGGACAGAGGGGAAGGAGGAGUAACUGUAGACAGGAGUGAAGCAAAAGGAGGGAGUGGAAUAACUGAGAGGCCUGAAAAAGACAGGAACUCAGCAGAAUGCAUUGAAAUAGAGACUGGAGCGAAUGAAGGAGAAAACACAGCUACGAAUGGCCCUACACCUAACUCUCAGUUCUCUUAA